AUGUCUGAAAAGCAUAGUCUAUAUAAAUACUUCUUCUGUGGUGGUCUAGGCCGUGUAUUCAGUAUUACCUUAGGCUACCCAUUGGAUACCGUAAAAGUGAUAUUACAGACUAUGCCUGUACCAAAACCCGGUGAACCGCCUUUGUAUUCAGGCAUGAUUGACUGUAUCGUAAAGAGUAUUCAAAAGGACGGUUUUAAAAGCUUAUUCAGAGGGAUGAUGGCACCUCUUGUGAUAUCGGUCCCAGUGAACUCUAUAUUAUUCUUAAGUUUUGGCCUUGGCAAGAAAUUAUUUGAAAAGGAUGUCGACCCCUCAAUGCCUGAGCUAUUUGUUGCCGGGGCAUUUUCAGGAACAUUAACGUCAUUUCUUGUGGGGCCAGCAGAGCGCAUCAAAUGCCUCCUUCAAGUCCGGGACGAUGGUACUUCGACCGUCAAAUAUAGGGGUACAUUUGAUUGUUUUAAGCUGCUAUAUGCUCAAGGAGGAAUUAGGAAUGUGUAUAAAGGUACUACAGCUACUCUGUUAAGAGAUAUACCAGCGACUGGCUUAUUCUUCAUGUCUUAUGAUUCACUCAUGAAAAUAACAGUAUCUAAAGAUACAUGUCCUUCUAAUAAAAUGGCGGCUUGUAUGUUUGCUGGUGGAGUUUCAGGUAUGUGUUACUGGAUAGUUGCAAUGCCGGCUGACCUACUGAAAACAAGGUUCCAAACGGCCCCUGAAGGCAAAUAUAGUGGCUUGAUGGAUGUUUUUAAACAAUUGAUGUCUAGAGAAGGUCCGAGGGGUUUGUUUACAGGACUAACGCCGGUUCUGGUCAGGGCGUUCCCAGUAAACGCAGUAACCUUUCUCGGUUUUGAAAUUGGCGUAAAGGUUUAUGACUGGAUAUUACCCGCUUUAUGA